CGAGUAGAGUGACGGCACCAAUCAUGGACAUGUUAAGCGCACUAAAUUAGAAUUUCGUUUAAAAAUGGGAUGUUUUUUGACGAUACAAAAAUGGUGAUUUUUUUUUCGGCACUUAAAUACAUGAGGAACAUUUAAACAAAACCAAAAAUUCUGUAUGUUUAAUACAUAAUUAAUAAAAAAUAUAUAAAUUGAAAUUUACGAAAUCACCAUUGAUGGACAUCAAAAAUUCAGUAAUGGACACCCAGUCAUGGACAUGGACCCAAUUAUGAACAUCCAUUAAUGGACACUUUUGUAUUGAACACAUAAAUGAAACAAAUAAUGUCACAAAUCAACUUUUAUUAACGCUAUUUGAACUUUCAUUUAGAUUUCUAAGUUAUACUAUAAGAGUUCUAGGACUAAUCCGGUUGCCGGCUGCAUGAAACAAACCUGAUCAAAAAAUAGAAUAUACCUACCCUGUAGAGGUACCUGACAUUUAGUACCUUCCAACGCACUUGGUCGGCCUAGGCUUAACCUGGCAGAUUUUGUACAAAUGGCAAAAACGUUGGACAAAAAAACAUCAAAAAAAUACCUCAUCGAAAAAUGGAAUUAAACUUGUAUGGUAGGAUACCUGACCUUGGGGACAGUAAAAAAAAAAGUGGUCGGCCUCACCUUAACCUGACAGCUUUUGCAGUCCGACCAAAUUUAUAAAAAAAAAACAUGAAAAAGACCUAUCGAAAAAUCGUAUGAAACUUGUAUGGUACGAUAGCUGCCUUUGAGGACAGUAAAACAAAAUGGUCGGCCAAAUCCUGUAUUGGCCGGCCGAUUGGCGAUUGGGUCGAUCAAAUUUGUGGUACCACGUGAGAGCUACAAUUUACCUCAUCAAGAAAUAGAAUUGGCAGUUUUUGCUGCCAGGCUACGAGUUUUUGCAGUCCAACCAAAUUUGUGGUACCACGUGACAGCUACAAUUUACCUAUAGGAUGAAAAAAACGGAUUAUAAUAGCUAAAAUAAACCUAUUGACGUAUGGCUUGGUCGGCCUCACCUUAGCCUGGCAGUUUUUGCAGUUCGACCAAAUUUGUGGUACCACGUGACAGCUACAAUCCCUACAAUUUACCUCAUCGAAAAAUAGAAUGAAAAAAACAGAUUAUCUUAGCUAAAAUAAACCUGUUGACGUGUCUUGGUCGGUCUCACCAUAACCAGUCAGUUUUUGCAGUCCGACCACAGUUUUAAAAAAAUCAUCAAAAAAAUCUUAUCGAAAAAUCGUAUGAAACUUGUAUGGUACGAUAGCUGCCUUUGAGGACAGUAAAAAAAAUGGUCGGCCAAAUCCUGUAUUGGCCGGCCGAUUGGCGAUUGGGUCGAUCAAAUUUGUGGUACCACGUGAGAGCUACAAUUUACCUCAUCAAGAAAUAGAAUUGGCAGUUUUUGCUGCCAGGCUACGAGUUUUUGCAGUCCAACCAAAUUUGUGGUACCACGUGACAGCUAUAAUUUACCUUGUCGAAAAAUAGGAUGAAAAAAACGGAUUAUAAUAGCUAAAAUAAACCUGUUGACGUAUGGUUUGGUCGGCCUCACCUUAGCCUGGCAGUUUUUGCAGUCCGACCAAAUUUGUGGUACCACAUGACAGCUAUUAUUUGCCUCAUCGAAAAAUAGGAUGAAUAAAAAACGGAUUAUAAUAGCAAAAUAAACCUGUUGACGUAUGGCUUGGUCGGCCUCGCCUUAGCCUGGCAGUUUUUGCAGUCCGACCACAUUUAUCCAUCCAUCUAAGACAAAACAAAGAGCCCAAUUAUGGACAACUAAAAAUACCCAGUUAUGGACAUCGUCUAUUAUUGGAAAAUAAAGAGCAAUCACAAAAUCAACCCAACUCAAAUGUUUAGUGCAAUAAAUUAAAUAAUUUAACACAAUAAACUAAAAAAGUAAUAAAAAGCUUAAGCUUGGACACUUGUCCAUUACUGAAUUUCAUAAAAUAUCGAAUCCAGUAAUGAACAAACCCCACAAAAAACUUAUUGCUGUGAUUGGACAUAUUCAACUUAGCUCAAUUUACUUGCAAUAUAGUAUUAUUCAGUAAAAAUAACAUUAAAUCUCAUUACAACAUAACACAAGAUAACACCAUGCACAAAUAUGUACUCACCUUCUUAACGAUUUCAACAACAAUAACGGAUUUUUAUGACCACCGCCCGCAACGAGAUUUUACUUCGCAGCCAUCUUAGAACAAAACGGCUGAUUUUGGUGACAUGUGUCAAAAUGACAGCUCAAACGUCUAUUGGUUAUGCUUUAGUGUUGCCAGUUGAAAAAUGUUGGGACAGUUGCUUAAUAAAUUCAAUCAACGUAAAAAAUGUCCAUAAUUGGUGCCGUGUCCAUUACUGGUGCCGUCACCCUAACACCAUUACACAACACAAACAAAUGGCACCAGCGCAUGGAGUGCUUAUUAUUCGGUUGUGUUACCUCCUGCGCAAGGAGUAGCGUUUUACAACCAGGCGACCAUACCGCCUAAAAGAUGGGUACCGCAUACUAUUCUCCUCAAAACCUUCAUUAAUUAUGGUGCGAAAGGAGCUAGUGACAGUGCCUUAUUCUCAAGAAAUGGAGGUCCAAGUGACAUCUCUGAAGUCGAUGGGCGUUUUAGAAAAAGCUCAGCAUUCGCCAAGCUUUGACUGGGAAUGGGCUCUUGUAAUCAAGGCAAGGCCAGAAUAUAGUUACAGUUAGUAAACGACUUCUACGAAGCUAGAGGGCGUGGGAGGGUGGUUCGUCAUCUUCAUCUGAUGAAACAUGUUUAUGAUCUCUCUUUAUUUUGGGUUUGCGCUGCGUUUCUGUUUGUUCAUCCGUCUGGAUAUCCGAUGUUUCCUCCACUAAUUUUAUGGUACGUUUACACGCUUGCCAAGCCUUGGCAAACGGCAAACAGCCCCAAGCCUAUACAAAUCUCGUUUGGCGUUUGAAUGGCGUUUACACGCUUGUGAAUGCGUCAGUCUGCAAUAAACAUCCAAGCAUGGCGGACACCGAACUUGUGGCGGCUAUUGCAUUUGGUUUAACGUACAUUUAUUUAAAAUGCAAGCAAAGUGAAACAAAAAAAAGGAGAGCUCGACGACAGCGAAGAUGGUGGAUGAAAAAGAUUCAUCGUAAUCGUACCAGACAAUUUAUGGAAGAGAAAUUUAGUGAACUUUUAUAUGAACCAUCUGGAGAGUUCGAUAACUUUUGCCGAAUGAGCUAUCCUGAUUUUGAGUUUUUACUGCAGAAAAUUUCACCAAUGAUAUCCAAGCAUGAUACAGACUUCAGAGAAGCUAUACCAGCCAAAUUUCGUCUUGCCAUUACGCUACGAUACGAUUUAGCAUCUGGUGAUUCUUACAUAAGCCUUCACUACUUGUUUAAAGUAUCUGUCUCUACGAUAUCGAUAAUCAUUCGUGAAGUUUGCCGAGCUCUUAAUGAGAUUCUAAAGGAUCAAGUUAAGAUGCCCACCACAGCAGAAGGAUGGCUUAAUAUAGAAGAAGGAUUCAGGACGAAAUUUCCACAUUGCAUAGGUUCAUUGGAUGGCAAGCAUGUAGUUAUUGAAAGCCCAGCUCAUAGUGGAACAGAGUAUUUCAAUUAUAAGAGAACGUUUAGCAUUGUUCUUUUGGCGUUAGUGGAUAGCAAAUACAAAUUUGUGUUCGCAGACAUCGGGACUCAAGGAAGAAUAAGUGACGGUGGCGUCUUUAAUAAUUGUUUACUAUGGAAAAGAAUAUGUAGAAACGAGAUAGAUUUUCCACCGCCUUGUCCACUUCCAGGAUCGAAUAUUAAUAUUCCAUACGUGUUUUUAGCUGACGGUGCGUUUGCAUUGAGUCAACGCGUAAUGAAGCCCUACCCUGGAAACCAUGAAGUAGGCUCACCAAAAAGGUUAUUUAACCAAAACUUAUCUAGAUCCCGAGUUGUAGUUGAAAAUACGUUUGGAAUUUUAACCUCAGUUUUCAGAAUAUUCAGACGCCCUAUCGAUUUAGCACCACAAACUGUGACGGAAUUUACGAUGACUUGUGUAUUACUACAUAACUUCUUGAGAACAAGUAAAAGUUCUUCAAACCGAUAUACUCCUCCGAGUUCGUUUGACGUAUAUGACAGUAAUGGAAAUAUGGUAACCCGUGGUUCAUGGCGCAGAGAUAACGACAUAUAUAAUGCAUUGCAAAAUUUACCACAAAUACCACGAAGAUCUCCGCUGAAUGCCAAAGAAGUCAGGGAAGAAUUUACUUCAUAUUUUAAUAGGAUGAGAUAAGUUCACAAAAAUAAGCAUAUAUACGGUCGAAUUGAGAAACUUCCUCCUUUUUUAAAGUCAGUUAAAAUGUACAAAUAAAUGUAUAACCAAUGG